AUGGCUGGCGAAACCGAUGAGGAGGUUGAGCGACGACCGGAGAGCGCCGAGCAAAAUCAUACCGAGCAGUACGGCAUCGUCGAUCCGGAUCGCAUCAUCAAGAAUCCGCUGCAAUUCCAAUGGACGCUCGGGUAUCAGGAACCGGAUAAGAACAUGUGGGAAGACGAGAAGAAUUUCCGCGGCAGCCGGUGGGUGAUCAACGUGCUCCGGCAGCAGCGCCACGAAUUGGACAAACAUUGGCUGGAUAUGACAUUGUGGCUGAUCGGCAAGGUUGUCGAUAAUCCUGAAGAAAUUUGCGGUGCCGUCGUGAACAUUCGCCAGAAGAUGGAUAAAAUUGCGAUUUGGACCUCCACCGUCAUGAACCGGGACGCGCCGAUGCCGGAGAAAGCUGUAAGUCGAUUUCUUGCCAUAUUCGAACCAUAA